UUAGUAGUACUUGCUAAUUGCUAAUUACAAUUGCUAAUCGCUAAUCGCUUACUUGGGCGAUUUCUCGCGCAUCCCCGCGUCGCUCUUGGCCGCCUCCCAUACCUCCUGGGGGUCACCCUCGUCAUCGUCGUCCAUGUACUGACUAUCAUUGUCGUACCUACUUCUAUUUCCAUCGACGACAGUCCAUCUCGGACCUGUUCUUUAAAAGGAGGUGCUUCCUCAGAAGGACACUGUUAGACAUAACUACGUAUACAUAUCAACAUGGACAACUCACCAACAGCUUUGUUCGAAAACUAUGACGAGGACUUCAAGUCGCUCUUGACUUCCUUGAAGCAGAAGCUGGAUGGAGGGGCCAUAAGGGAUCUCAGUGGAGAACAGCGGAAGUCGAGCUUGAAAAAGGUCGAAGCCGAGCUGGAUGAAGCCGAAGAGAUUAUCUCACAGAUGGAAAUCGAACUCCGAUCCAUGCCUCUAAGCAUCCGGACGCCUUACCAGACGAGGUUAGGGAGUAGUAAAUCCGACUUGAACAAGGUCAAGAAGGCGCUCAAAGACCUCCAGAGAGAAUCUCAGCGUUCAGACCUACUCGGCAAUUCGGGCGGGAAACGUCAUCCGGGUCAAUCGGAUUCGCCUUAUUCGGACGAACCGGGGUACGAUCGGGAUCAGCGAGGCAGGCUUUUGGCGGGUACCGAGACGUUGAAUGACGGCUCGAGACGCCUGGAGAAUGCCCACCGGAUAGCACUGGAGACUGAAGAUGUCGGGGCCGACAUUCUUCGAAAUCUGAGAGGACAGCGCGAACAGAUUGAGCAUACCCGGGACACUUUGACGCAAACGGAUUCCGGGAUCGAUCGCGCAAGCGGGACGUUGAAGAAGAUGAUCUGGAAGAUGCAACAACAACGGUUCUUGACUGCGGGGAUCAUCGCCAUCCUGGUCUUCCUCAUCUUGCUGGUUUUGUACUCGAAAAUCUUUGGGUAGAAGUCUACGUUACUUUUUUUUUGGCUACCUAGCUCUGCCUGUUCGGUUUGUUGUUUGUGGAUGAUUCCGCGAUUCUUCUCCUGAAACUCUUGUAUGAUCGACCUGUCUAUACCUAUGCCCUUGAGUCAUG